CUCUCCAAAAAACUGCCAGGCAGCCGCUAUGGCCCUCACAGUCCACCGAAAACGCAGCAUCAAUACUCCAUCCGUCCCUUAAUACUUUGUCAUCUUUUCUUUUUGGGACGUCCCAAAAAACUUUGACAUUUUCCCUUUUAAUCAAUUAUUUUGUAGUUUCUAUUAUUUCUCUUUUCUCUGCACAAACCUCAACCACACAAUUUUUACAUUAUUAUUCUUCGUGCCGGUCAACUUUGUCAAAGUUUUAAGAGAUGGAGGUAGUAGCAUUUAUUGUAUCAAUUUCUUCCUAAAAUACUAGUUCAUAUAGUUUAUAAAUACUUCAUGUACACUUCCUAACAAAGGACAUAAUUCUGAAAUAAAAAUAUUGUCUUAUGUUGUCUAAAUUUCAUAUGGUCUUGUAGAUUAGUAGAUUAGCUCAUGUGAUUAGAUUAAAAUGAUCCGAAGGCUCCAUGCGCAUGUAUUUAGGUUUCUUAGUUUUGAACCGGUUUCCGUCUAGCGGCGCCCUCUUCAAUGAAACAUUCUUCUUUCUUGCAUACCAGCCGUUUGAUAAUUUUCCCAACCGAAGACAUCUCUUGGAACAGCAGUUCCCUCCCCAAUGUUCUGUCGGGCCAUUCUUCAUAGACUCUUAAGCCCGGCUCCAGUCUCUGCCGCCUUUGUUCCUAAAAGCUUAACAAACAUUGGCUCGGGAGUGUCUAAAGAUGACUACUUUGCAACCAUUCAUCACAUAUCAAACAUUGUACGGCGAGACAUCUAUCUUGAGAGGACCCUUAAUAAGAUGCGAAUAGCUAGCAUUGUCAACUCGGAGCUCGUUUAUCGGGUUCUUCGUUGCUGCUCCCAACAUGGCAUUGAGUCCUUCCGCUUCUUCAAUUGGGCGAGGACACAACACCCCCGAUAUGAUCCAACUACCCUUGAGUUUGAGGAGCUUCUCAAGACCCUUUCCCGAACUGCUCAUUGGGAGACGAUGUGGAAGGUAGUUCUGCAAAUGAAGGCACAAAGUGUGCCUGUUUCCCCCUCAAUGGCAUCUUUGGUCAUUGAACAAUACGGGAAGCAUGGGCUCAUUGAUCAGGCCGUUGAUCUCUUUAACCGCCUCCACAACUUGAACUGUCUCCAAACCACUGAAGUCUACAAUUCACUGCUUUACUCCCUCUGUGAGGUCAAGAAUUUUCAGGGAGCGUACACAUUGAUCCGUAGGAUGAUACGUAAAGGCGUCACCCCAGACAAGAGGACUUACUCUGUCCUUGUGAAUGGUUGGUGCUCUGCAGGGAAAAUGAAGGAGGCCCAGAGGUUCUUGGAGGAGAUGAGUCGGAAGGGUUUCAACCCACCUGUCCGGGGGCGGGACCUACUCAUUGACGGGUUGUUAAAUGCGGGUUAUCUUGAAUCAGCAAAGGGACUCGUUAGGAAGAUGACGAAAGAGGGCUUUAUACCUGACGUGGACACCUUCAAUUCUUUAGCAGAAGCAUUAUGCAAAUCUGGCGAAUCCGACUUCUGCAUCAAUCUCCUCCAUGACGUUUGUAGGUUAGGAUUGUGCCCUAAUGUUGAGACUUACAAGAUUUUGAUAACUGCGGCUUCGAAGCUGGGGAGGGUCGAAGAUGCAUUCAGGCUCUUUUACAAGUCGGUUGAGGACGGAAACCGACCGUUUCCUAGUCUAUAUGCCCCAAUUCUGAAAGCCCUUUGCCGCGGAGGCCGGUUUGAUGAUGCAUUCAGUUUCUUCAGUGACGUGAGGAUGAAGGGACACCCUGCGAACCGCCCGGUUUAUACGAUGAUGAUCAAGGUGUGUUGCCGCGGGGGGCGGUUCGUGGAAGCUGCCAAUUAUUUGGUGGAGAUGACAGAGUUAAAUGUGUACCCAAUGUCACAAAGCUUUGAUAUGGUUACUGAUGGGUUGAAGCAUUGUGGGAAACAUGACUUAGCCAAGAGGAUGGAGCAACUGGAGAUAUCCAUGAGGGGCGUAUGAUUGAGACCUUUUAUAAAAUUGAUGAAACGAGAAAAACUGUUGCAUGAGUACAAAAGAAUGAAUGAAUACAAACCAAAACCACUGUGACCAAAUUUUAGCUCUGUAUCCAUAUUCAGAUCGGUUGGCGGUUAGCCAGGGAAUUGGAUAUCGCAAAAUGGACCCAUUAGUGUUGCUAACUUGCUCCUCUAUUGCUAGCUAGCUAUUGGUUCAAGAUAAUCUAGGAUUACGGCCCCAUAAUAAUUAGAAAAAUGUGCUUGCAGCAAACUUGUCCUCUCGCUGAUUUUUGUUCCUCGGCUUCUUCGGCAUUUGCUUGGAAAGUAUUAACCAGCAGGUUCGAGACUGGCUUUCCGGCCCAUUUUUUUCUUUUUAAAAGGACACACCAAGUGUUGGAUAUUUGAUAGUAAUAUAUCCAAGGGAUCAGAUACGUUUAUGUCAAUUUAACACGCAGGCCCCAUAAUUUCACUAACUAAAUUAAUAUUAUGUGAAAACAUCAGAUUUGUCACAUAAUUAUCCUCCAAUUUGAACUUGGAGCUAGGAUUAAAAAUGUGUCGAACAUUAUGAAUCAAAGAUUCUUUGCCCUUAGAAAGAAAAAAGUUUGCAUUGGAAUAGACAAAUAAGGAAAGUAUGAAGUUUGUUUUGGUAGAGGGAGCAUUUGAUUUUUGUUGUCCACUCAAGACUUCUGCUUGAGGGAGUUGUGGAAUGUGGAGACAUUAUCAUGGAAAUAAAACAACCCUCAUGAUCUCUUUAGAUGCUACCUCAUUUACUUGAAGACCUGGUGGAAAUUUCUCAGUCAAGGACGAAGGACGUUGGACUGGCUCUCAUGGCCACAUUGAAUGAGUCCCUUUCUCCUCCUCAUGUUCAACAUAUCUUGCUGCCUUGUGGAAUGUUAAUGAGAGUGGCUAAAAACAAUUGGAAAUCUGCCUUUGAAAGCAUCCAACCAUUUUCAUGACAGAACACCCCUUUGAAUGCCGGAGGAUGGUUGGGCAGUUGGUCAUCACAUGGUGAAAUUGAAUCACUGGAAGAGCAAGUGCUGAAACUUGCAAGUGUGUCUACUGUUGAGGGUGAGAGUAUAAGGCUUUGGAUGAAUGAGAGAGACUGCUUUCCGAGGUAUACUGGUAUACUACUAUGUUGAUUAGUUUUCAUGUUCUAUGUAAUAUGCCGCAAGGCGGUAAUGCCUUAUUUUGUACUUAGACAAUUAAUAUGGAUAUGUUUGCCUUAUAUUUUGAUUUUUUUUCGUUAUAAGACUCAAGUGCUUAAAAGUGAGUACGGCCUUGCAUCUACAAAUUAUUAAUUGUUGACCGAUAAUUCUAUAAACCCUCUGAGAAAUCUACAAAUUGCUUAAAAGU